AUGACCGUUGUUAGUACCUGUGAAAUCAGAACUGCCUUCCGCAACAGCGCUCACGACUAUCAGUGCGUCAGCGACCACCUGGUUGUGAAGUACGGUAUGUCGGCAAAGAUUGGUCCGCUCUCCUUCGAGACACCUGGCCCAGGUGAAAUGGCGUUCGAUAAGCCAUAUUCCGAAGCGACUGCACAAAUGAUCGACCAGGAAGUUCGAGACAUGGUCAACUCUGCUCUAACGAGGACACGGGAACUGCUUUUAUCAAAAAGGGAAGACAUAGAAAAGGUUGCUCAACGGCUUUUGGAGAAAGAAAUCUUAUCUCGUGAAGACAUGGUGGAAUUGUUAGGAAAACGGCCGUUCGCUGAGAAACAAACCUAUGAGGAAAUGGUUUCUGGUACAGGAGGAUUGGAUGAAGACACGGAAUUACCGAAGGGUUUGAAAGAUUGGAACAAAGAAAAAGCACCAGUAGGGGCUGCCGAUUGA